AUGGCUACUAACCCUUCACCUCAAAAUAUUUCAUGUCUCGAAACACUUGCAUUAAAUGUUCUUAAACAUUCAUCACCAGAAAAAAUUGCAAAUAAUAUUAAUAUAUCCGAACUAGAUCCAUGUUUUUUAUGCAACCAAGAACUUUUUUUAUAUGAAAUAAAAAAGCUGAUUACUUUACUUAUCUGUGGCCAUAUAUAUCAUCAUGAUUGUAUCGAAACUUCUAUCAAGAAACAUUCAAUAUGCUCAAAGCCCAAUUGCAAGAAGGAGGUAGAAUCUAUGGUUGACAGCAUGCCUGGAAGUCAGAAUAUUAAUGAUUUGAUAGAUAUAUCUCUAUCAUUAUUUACUGAUCCCCUCUUCCCAAGUCUGUCUAAAAAGCAUGUUAGUGAAUCUAUUAGCAAAUCAUCUAGCAAGAAAGUGAAGGUAAAAAAUGAAGAUUCAUCCAUGUUAAAAAAACUUAUCAAGGAGUUAUCAUCACUAAGCUCUUCGAGUACCACCUCUUUGCAAACAGUCACGAGCUUGGGUAAUUUUAUUAACCUGUACAAUGCACUUAUUAAGGCUGAAGAACAAGUGGGAAUCACAAAUCAGGAAGUUAUUAGGAGCUAUUUUAUGUUUGGGAAAAAACUUGAGGAUAGGCUCAAGUAUUAUAAAAAAAGUAAUAGAGACUGUAAGGCUAAGAAAAAACUUAUCGAUGAGGUCACAGAACAGCUCUCUAAUGACCUUUCAAGAAAUGCAAUCGAGAAAAGACUAGAAAGGGCAAGAAAGAUUUACUACCUUUUCAGUAAUAUUGGAUAUGAGAAGAUACAACUGAUAAAAUCUUAUUCUGCAUUGAGAAUUUCUAAAUUAAGUUGGGAUGAGAUCGAUGCUAUAGAAGAAAAGUUUGAAUAG